UAUAUAAACCCGUACACACACAAACACAAACAGAGAAAACACAGAAAGAGGAAGCAACGUUAAUGGCGAUCGAUUCAUCACCGGAAAAAUUAGCCGAUGAGGCUCAAGUAUUCAUACCGGAAGAGUGGGAGGAAGCAGCGGACGUCGUUGCUUAUGAUUCAAUCACUUGUCCGCCUCCGAUUUGCGUCAUCUGCGGCCCUCCAAACAGCGGCAAAACAACCUUCUCUCGUCAUCUUCUCAAUGUUCUUAUCCAUCGAUACAGGAGAGUCGCUUACUUGGAUACAGACGUAGGUCAAGCUGAAUUUACACCUCCAGGAUGCUUAUCACUUACUCUGGCUGACAAGAUAACUCCAGAUCUGGCGAUUCCAUGCUUGAAAACGCCUGAGAGAUGCUUCUUCUUUGGUGAUAUAUCCCCAAGAAAGGAUCCACAGACGUAUCUGAAAUACAUACACGAACUGUAUGAUUACUAUCACCAAACCAUCAGGGGUGAACAUCUCAAAAUUGGUGUUCCCCUGGUUGUCAAUACUCCUGGUUGGGUAGAAGGUUAUGGACUUAAUCUACUCAUGAACAUGCUAAAACAUAUUGCUCCUACGCAAGUGAUCAAAGUCCAUGUCCCUACUGAAAGUAAGAACCUACCAACUGGAGCAUUUUGGUUACCAGAUCCGGCUUCACACGAAGUAACCCUAAUUGAUAUCAAUUCAAAUCGCCAGGAUUCCUCAAAGAAAUCGGUGCAAUCACAGGAUGAUGCGCGGCUUCUUCGUGAUCUUCGAUUGCUGGCUUAUUUCAGAAAAUGCUUCCCAAUUAACAUGAGUUUAACCACAAUCCAGGAGCUUGAUCAUGCAUUAGCUGUACACGCUCCUUAUGAAAUUCUCAUGUCCUCUGUAACAAUCAAGCAACUACAUUCCCAGGAUAUGGAAGCAUUCUACAAAUCAAAUUGUAGUAUUGUCGCAUUGGCUGAUAGCUCUUUAAGUUGUCAAAAUUCACCCUGCUGUGUUGGCCUUGGAAUUGUGACAGAGGUAGACAUGUCAAGAAAGAUUAUGUGUUUGAUUACACCAGUUCCAGAACACAUACUGGAGAAGGUUGAUAUUUUACUUCAUGGUUUAAUCAAAAUCCCUGCUUGUUUGAUAAAGGUUCAGGGGCACAAGACUUCAAGUAGUGUGCCAUUGACUACUAAUUGAAAAAUGCGUGAUAGCUACUGACGUUUUAUAUUUUAUUUUUAGCUAACAAAAUAAAUCUCCAUUGAACAUGUUUGAACAUUUGCUUUAUUAAUUUACUUUUGUAGAUGUUAUGUCUUUUUCUCUGGUUAAUUAGCUAAAACUCUAAUUUUUAUUAAAUAUGAUACCAAGUCAUUAUAUAAAAAAAUGUGAUAUUUAUAAUUA